ACAGCCAGACGUGCCGCAGACACAGCCAAAACCUGCUGUACCUGCUCCUCCAGAAGCAGCUCCUGUUGCCAAAUCAUGGGCCAACACCAAACCAGGUGGACAAGAUGGUCCUCCUAUUCAAGUAAAUAGUUAUUUCCAGCAAGAGUUUCCCAGUCUGCCGGCAGCUGGGGAUCAGGAAAAGUCAGGCAAGGAGAAAGAUACUCCUGAAGAACUUCAUGGAUCGGGACCCAACUUGCGGCCACAAACAGAUGCUACUAGUUGGAGAGAAGGUGGUAAUAAGAGCAACUCACCCAGUUCUCCAACUGAUCAAGAAGCUAAGGCCCUUGGACAAGAAGAUGGUAAUGCUACACCAACAGAACAAAAUGAUGGCCAGAAGGCAGCAGAGAAGAGAGAUGUGCGGUUACCACAGGUCCCUCAGCCCAAGCUGAAUGGCCAGCAGCAACCACCUAUCUCUUCUCAGUACAGAGCAAUGAUGCCACCUUAUAUGUUUAAUCAGUAUCCUAGAAUGGCAUAUCCUCCUUCCAUGCAAGGUCCAACAAGGUUUCCCAAUUCUGAGCCUAGCAGAGGGCCCAGGGGAAGAGGACCACCUUCAUGGUGUUCAGAACCUAUUGAGCGCCCAUCCAUUCUUAGUGCUAGUGAACUUAAAGAACUUGAUAAAUUUGAUAAUCUAGAUGCUGAGGCUGAUGAAGGCUGGGCAGGUGCUCAGAGUGAAGUGGAUUACACUGAACAAUUGAACUUCAGUGAUGAUGAUGAGCAAGGAAGUAGUCAAAAAGAGAAGGAGAGUGGUGAUGAACAAACACCAUCAAAAGAUUCACAGAGUCCUGAUGGCCAGAAGGAUGCAGAAGAACAGACAAGUGCUAAGUCUGCCACCCAGGUUUCCACAGCAGCAGCCAAAGGGUCAUACGGCAAAAGUUCUCAGCUUGAUCAGGAUCGGGGUCCAGCACAGCCUUCUAUACAUGAAAGAGGUGGUCCUGCUCUUCAUCCAAAAUCUAUUCUACCACCGCACCCUCCUCCCCCUGAUCGCCAGGUAGGACCUGGCAGGCAGGGACCCUUUCCCCCUAAACCAGUACCAGAUGAAGAUGAAAUUUGGAAACAGAGGAGAAGACAGCAGUCAGAGAUAUCCGCUGCAGUUGAACGAGCCCGUAAGCGUCGAGAAGAGGAAGAAAGACGAAUGGAAGAACAGCGCAAAGCAGCUUGUGCUGAAAAGCUAAAACGGUUAAAUGAGAAAUUCGGCUGUGUGACAAAACCCUCCCGGGAAGACCCUCUGAAGGAGCGGGAAAGGGAACGGGAAAGAGAGAGGGAGAGGGAAAGGGAGCGGGAGCGGGAAAAGGAGAGGGAACGGGAGAGAGAAAGAGAGAGAGAAAGAGAGAGGGAGAAGGAAAAAGAUCAAGCAGUCUUUACCCGACAAGAUAGUGGACGGAAUGAGAAAGAGAUUUCACAGGUGGCUCAUGAGAGUGAGCCGGAUUCAGGAUCUCAGCCUCGUCCUGCUGUUUCCUCAGGCUAUUCUAAACAGUUCCAGAAAUCAUUACCACCAAGAUUUCAGAGGCAGCAGGAGCAAAUGAAACAGCAGCAGUGGCAGCAACAACAGCAAGGUGUCCUUCCCCAGUCUGCUCCCUCACAGCCUUCUAGUGGCCCUGUCCCACCUCCCCAGCAUAGACCCCUUUACCAGCCCAUGCAGCCGCAUCCUCAGCAUUUAGCUUCAAUGGGCUUUGAUCCACGGUGGCUUAUGAUGCAGUCCUACAUGGACCCACGAAUGAUGUCAGGAAGACCUGCAAUGGAUAUGCCUCCUAUUCAUCCAG